AUGGACCCCAGACGUGCAGCCAAUGCUGCUGCUGCUAGCGCCAUGUAUCCUACGCCGCCAGACGCUGUUCAGAAUCCACUUGGCAUUUUCACCGCACCGGCGGCGGAUGCCGUAACCUCGAGCCCUGGGCCGCCUUCGUCGGUCGCUGCGCCUGUAGAUGGCGAUGCACCCAUGGUCAACGCGGUAGUAAUGGCAGAUACCGAAGGCGAUAACUGGGAGCCAACCGACACUAAGAGAGAUCGAGGUGAUUCGACUUUCGAGGGGGAUGACAACCUUUUUGGAGACAUGGGCCCGGACAUGUUUGGCGACACAGACAUCACGGACGCAGACUUCAGUUUCUUCGAUGAGGAUGAUGACAAUAAUCCUCUGGACCUCAAUAUGUCUGCGCCUGACACGACGAUGACGGGCCUCCCGACGACAACGCCUGAGCCAAUUUCGUUACAAGCAGAUAUCUUACCACCCUCUAUUGACGACCCUCCUGAGGAGACGAAACUAAAAACGGAAGCGCCUAUUUUCACCAAGCCGGAACUCCGACAUGCGCGUAGCACGCUGAACGACGAGACAAGAGGACGACUGACUAGUGACAAUUCAAAGGCUCUUAGCAACAAGCGAGAGCCUAGCCCCUUUGACCCAGCUACUGUAUUCAAAAAGGUUCGGGCCUCUCUUGGCCGUCUAAACGACCAAUCUCUUGGCAGCUCUUCUACAGUAACAGCACGCAAAGGCAGCGUUUUUGACAGCAUCGAGUUUGAUCCUGUACUUCCUUUAGCAAGCAAGAAGUACGAGCAAGGAGGUCGCUUCGCCUGCCGAUGGACACCUACACAGUCAGACACGAGCCUCAGUCUCAAGAAGCCUCCAACUACAGAUUACCUCCGCAGACAUAGCAAGUCCCAUCGCAAACCUUUUCGGACGGACAACACCAAUGCGCGCAUCCGCAGCAUCACUGAUGGUUUGGAAAACAGCAGUCUGCAAGCCAGCCCGGAUAGAAUCGAGGAAUUGUCCUCGGACGCCGAUGACAUGAGCCUCGAGUCCGACGUUGACGAAUCGCCCGAAUUGAUGGAGGAACCAACCUCGCCCUUCAAGGCAAGCACCAAAAGACUGAAUCUUGAGGACGACAUGGUGUCGCAUGUGACGUCGUUGAGAGAUGUCGAAUCCGUAGUGGAGGAUACGGAUCCAUCCUUGGCGCUGGACUUGCCCAGGAUUGCCAGAUUCGAGGUUCCUGAAGUCGCUGUUGCGAAAUACUUUGACGAUCCAGAGCCUCUUUUGAGCCAGCUAUCACUUCAAGAUGACGACAUCAUUACUGUUGCUCAGAUCCUCACCGAACAGGCCAUUUCUGGCAAUCUCUGUUUGCGUGAUGCACAGUCGGCGACCUUUAAUUCCCCUGUCGGUUCCGAAACCCGCCGCCAACUAGCGUCUCUUUCCAGAACAUUAUCUCUGGUACUGCAGCAAGCUAUACCUGCUGCUAUGGGAGAUUCAACUCAAUGCCAAUUCCGAGAGUUGAUUGAAGCGUCCGACGUCCCCCUCCUUGGACCUCCCAGCAGAGCUCAGCCUCGACCAGUGCCUCCUCGAGAUCCGAACGCUGAACCUCCAAAGCCCAACUAUCUGUUCCAAAUUCCUCCACCUCAUCUAGAGAUCAAGCGCCUGGACUCCAAGCUGUCUGUUCUGCCAUCGACCAUCUCAUUCUGGGAGACACUUGGUCUUGGUCCGUCUCAAGGGGCAAAGAAUAUUACUGCCGCUUGCGUGUUUCCAAAUUUAAACGGUCUCUCUGACUUCGCCACGACAUUUCUGGGGCGCAUUAGAAACACGUAUGAAUUCCUGAAGCUCGGAGGAUUCGACAUUGUCAACGGCGAGAGUGGUCAUCCCACAGGCGGGCUCGUACCGUGGGAGGAAGAACGUUUGACUGGCACACCAACGGUCGAUGGAGCAAUGCACGGCUCAAGCUUGGCUGACCGCAUGGAUAGCCUGAACCAGAGUCUGCUUUCCCUUGAGGCCCGUGAGAAGAACUUUGUUGUCUUCAUCGUCUACAUACCAAGUCAUCCGGAGUCGAUCGUCGAAGCUUGCACGGCUUUCAGCAGCUCUUCGAACUGCAUAAGAAAGCCCUUGCCGACAAGAGGCUUGCUCCAUCAAAUGAGUUGGUGUUGCAACUUCUACCAGUGGAUUUCUUGA